GCAGUUGCUGUUGCCAGGAGACCGAGUAGCAGGCUCGCAGGGAAGGGGGGAGGGGGCGGCGGCUGCAGCAGGAGUAGCGGCGGCUGCAGGGAGCGCUGGGUAAGGAGCGCUGGGGCUGCUGCUGCAGGAGCAAGGGAGAGGAAGCCGCUGGGAAGGGGGCGGCGGCGGCGGCGGGGGGGCAGAUCCGAUUGCAGCCGGGCCGAAGCGCAGGCACUGAUUGCUCCCUGCAGCCCGCUGGGUGCAAGCGGCCGCCGGCUUGCGAGGGGACUGGAGUGCAUGCAGAGUUCAGGCUCCAGUCCGGCUGCGCACAAUGGAGGAUGAAAGCAUCAAACAGAGUUCCCAGUCACCUGAUGAAGCUGAAGAUAAGGAGAAGGACCAGCGCACGGUAACAGUCAAUCCUUCUCACAUGGGAAAGGCAUUCAAGGUCAUGAAUGAAUUACGGAGCAAGCGGCUCCUCUGUGAUGUGGUGAUUGUUGCUGAAGCCGUUGAGAUGGAAGCCCAUCGCGUUGUCCUAGCAGCCUGCAGCCCCUAUUUUUGUGCAAUGUUUACAGGAGACAUGACUGAAAGUAAAGCAAAGAAGAUUGAAAUAAAAGACGUUGAUGGGCAAACACUGAGUAAGCUGAUUGAUUACAUCUAUACAGCUGAAAUAGAGGUCACGGAAGAGAACGUGCAGGUUUUGUUGCCAGCUGCCAGCUUAUUGCAAUUAAUGGAUGUUAGACAAAACUGCUGUGAUUUUCUCCAGUCCCAGCUGCACCCCACAAAUUGCCUUGGAAUUCGAGCCUUUGCAGAUGUGCACACCUGCACUGAACUUCUGCAGCAGGCAAAUGCAUAUGCAGAGCAGCACUUUCCCGAGGUGAUGCUAGGGGAAGAAUUUCUUAGCCUUAGUCUGGACCAGGUUUGCAGUUUAAUUUCAAGUGACAAGCUCACUGUGUCUUCAGAAGAAAAGGUCUUUGAAGCUGUUAUAUCUUGGAUAAAUUAUGAGAAAGAGUCUCGCUUAGAACACAUGGCUAAACUAAUGGAGCAUGUUCGUCUGCCCCUUUUGCCCAGAGAUUAUCUUGUACAGACAGUUGAAGAAGAAGCUUUAAUCAAGAAUAACAACACGUGUAAAGACUUCCUUAUUGAGGCCAUGAAAUAUCACUUGCUUCCUCUGGAUCAAAGGCAAUUGAUAAAGAAUCCUAGAACAAAACCAAGGACUCCAGUUAGCCUGCCAAAGAUAAUGAUUGUGGUUGGUGGGCAAGCGCCCAAAGCCAUCCGGAGCGUGGAGUGUUACGAUUUUGAGGAGGAUCGGUGGGAGCAGAUAGCUGAGCUUCCCUCCCGGAGAUGCAGAGCAGGUGUGGUGUUUAUGGCAGGCAACGUUUAUGCUGUCGGAGGGUUUAACGGCUCUCUGAGAGUGCGAACUGUAGACGUGUAUGACGGUGUGAAGGAUCAGUGGACGUCAAUUGCCAGCAUGCAGGAACGACGGAGCACUUUGGGGGCGGCUGUGCUGAAUGAACUCCUGUAUGCUGUGGGCGGAUUUGAUGGAAGCACUGGUCUGGCAUCAGUAGAGGCCUAUAGCUAUAAAACCAAUGAGUGGUUUUUUGUGGCUCCCAUGAACACAAGAAGAAGCAGUGUUGGAGUUGGAGUUGUGGAGGGUAAGCUGUAUGCUGUGGGAGGUUACGAUGGAGCAUCACGUCAGUGCCUUAGUACCGUAGAACAGUAUAAUCCAGCUACAAAUGAAUGGACCUACGUCGCUGAUAUGAGCACUCGGCGCAGCGGUGCAGGCGUCGGUGUUCUCAGUGGACAGCUAUAUGCUACGGGAGGGCACGAUGGUCCCUUGGUAAGAAAGAGUGUGGAGGUUUAUGAUCCAGGAACAAAUACCUGGAAACAAGUUGCAGACAUGAACAUGUGUAGAAGAAAUGCAGGUGUGUGUGCUGUGAAUGGGCUACUCUAUGUGGUUGGAGGAGAUGAUGGUUCUUGCAAUUUGGCCUCUGUAGAGUAUUAUAAUCCCAUCACUGAUAAAUGGACGUUGCUGCCAACCAAUAUGAGCACUGGAAGAAGUUAUGCGGGUGUGGCUGUGAUUCAUAAACCAUUGUGACACCUACUCCAGCUAAUGCAAGGAGCAGCAGUGAAGUGAAUCUCAGUGGGUGUUCUUGAGGAGAUGCCUGGCACCUGAUCUAAUCCAUCUUAUUGCUGUUGAACUCCUAGUGUGGCAAGCGCUGCAUUAAGAACUUCCCCUUCUGUGGAUAGUGCAGCAGCGUGCCAAUCCCAAGGUGUUGCUUGUUGUCCUUGGUGCAAUCAAUUCUCUCAGGCGGUUUCCUGGGAUAAACAUUGUGCUUAAACUAAUACUGGAGAGACUGAAUUUCGUGUGUGAAACAAAACGCUACUGUAGGGCUUGUGAGUAAAAACAAAUAUACUGAAUGUCUUCACUACUGAUACUUUGUACACAUCUUGAGUUAAGCUAUUUACUCACUGCUCCUGGAAUUUACUACUGACAGUGGAAUCUUCUAACCACCGAUCAUCAGAAAUAUACUGGACCAGGGUGCUGGCUUGUGUUUGACACUGUCUCAGUAACAUGUGUAUAUGUCACUGGACAACUGUAUGUAUCCCUAGCACACUUAUGAUGUGAUUGGAGAUGUACAUUGUAUGAUUGUUUUGCUAGUCACAUAGCUGCUUUUAUAUACAGGAUAGGAUGUGCUGGGCAGUGGCUUGCCCAGAGAAAGGUGAAUACCCCACCACCCAAAGGUUGUUAAUCCUACAGAAACAUGCUGCUCUGGAGGGGCUUUUUGCUCCCAUAAAACAUGUACUGUUCGAACUAAAAAAUCAAGGAAGAAAGUCAUACCUCUGUCCUGCAUUUCAAGGCCAUUUUGGAACAGAGCAUUUAAACAUAAGGUGUCUUAAUGAGUCAUUAACACAUCUUGCCUGUAUCCAGCCAAAUAAUCUUCCACCACCCAAGAAGUGAUUAAAGACCAAGAUAAAAUGCCUACAGUGUCUUAACGCUUCCAGAAGAGGGAAAUCGUAUUCUUCAGUGUCAUUGUUCUCCUUUUUAAAGUGUUUUCUGUGUUAAAUACUUUCUUCCAUCCAUACCAAGCAGUUAGCAGGAGCCUUUAUAAGAUCCUUCCAAAAAGGGAUUUUAAAGAGUGAAAGCUGGGCUCUGUUGUGACUUUUAAUAAUCUCACUUGUACCAAAUUCGUGCUAGUUUGUUUUCCCUUUAAAAGGAUGGAAUCGGCUUGCAAAUUGUAUGUGUGACUCCCAGCAUACCCUGCUGCUGGGAGUCAUGACACACUUCUGGGUAUCCGCUGUAGUUAAAAGUAACACCAAAGGGUCCCAAAACAUGUUUGGGGGGCACAGGGGGGCGAAUAAAAGGUUUCCUCUGAGUUCCCCUCCCCACCCCCCCACCUCAUGUAACUUUGUGCAUUUUACAGGACUUUUGGUAGAGUCAGUUUCACUGUUUUCCCUUAUAGAGCCAGUCAGAGCUUUCCUAUACGGGGAAAUAGCCCUGCAGAAUUACAGCAGUGGUAUUAUUCUGGCAUAGCUAUAGCGGUAUAACUUCCAAAGUAGACUCAGAGACUUGGUCAGAAGGGACCAUCAAGAUCAUCUGGUCUGACCUCCUGCACAUUGCAGGCCACAGAACCUUACCCACCCACUCACUGUAUUCCAGAAUAAAAGUGACGCUUUCCAGUAUAGCUUAUAGAAAAAAGAACAGGAGUACUUGUGGCACCUUAGAGACUAACAAAUUUAUUAGAGCAUAAGCUUUCGUGGGCUACAGCCCGCUUCAUGGGAUGCAUAGAAUGGAACAUAUAGUAAGAAGAUAUAUAUCUACAUACAGAUAAGUUGGAAGUUGCUAUACAAACUGUGAGAGGCUAAUUAGUUAAGAUGAGCUAUUAUCAGCAGGAGAAAAAAACGUUUGUAGUGAUAAUCAAGAUGGCCCAUUUAGACAGUUGACAAGAAGGUCUGAGGAUACUUAACUUAAGGAAAUAGAUUCAAUAUGUGUAAUGACCCAGCCACUCCCAGUCUCUAUUCAAGCCCAAGUUAAUGGUAUCUAGUUUGCAUAUUAAUUCAAGCUCAGCAGUUUCUCGUUGGAGUCUGCUUUUGAAGCUUUUCUGUUGCAAAAUUGCCACCCUUAAAUCUUUUACUGAGUAGCCAGAGAGGCUGAAGUGUUCUCCUAUCGGUUUUUGAAUGUUAUGAUUCCUGAUGUCAGAUUUGUGUCCAUUUAUUCUUUUGCGUAGAGACUGUCCGGUUUGGCCAAUGUACAUGGCAGAGGGGCAUUGCUGGCACAUGAUGGCAUAUAUCACACUGGUAGAUGUGCAGGUGAACGAGCCUCUAAUAGUGUGACUGCUGUGAUUAGGCCCUAUGAUGGUGUCCCCUGAAUAGAUAUGUGGACACAGUUGGCAACGGGCUUUGUUGCAAGGGUAGGUUCCUGGGUUAGUGGUUCUGUUGUGUGGUGUGUGGUUGCUGGAGAGUAUUUGCUUCAGGUUGGGGGGCUGUCUGUAAGCGACAGACAGCUUCUUGUCAACUGUCUAAAUGGGCCACCUGGAUUAUCACUACAAAAGUGUUUUUUUCUCCCGCUGAUAAUAGCGCAUCUUAACUAAUUAGCCUCUCACAGUUUGUAUGGUGACUUUCCAACUUAUCUGUAUGUAUAUAUGUAUCUUCUUACUAUAUGUUCCAUUCUAUGCAUCCCAUGAAGUGGACUGUAGCCCACCAAAGUGCUUAUGCUCUAAUAAAUUUGUUAGUCUCUCAGGUGCCACAAGUACUCCUGUUCUUUUUGCGGAUACAGACUAACACGGCUGCUACUCUGAAACCUGUCAGUAUAGCUUAUGUUGCUUUGGAGGCAGUUUAAGCUAUACUGAAGAAGUUAUUUGCAUUACAGUAUUCACUUUGGGAGUUAUACCACUACAGCUGUGUCGGAAUAUUUCUACCGCUAUAAUUCUGCCGGUCAGUUUUCCCAUGUAGAGAAGCCUUCAAUAUCUCCUUGCUCAAAAAGCUUUCAGUGUUUCCCUUGCUCUUAGAAACAUCAACGGGGGAGUAGAAUAACCCUUUACAAUUGUUUUUAAAGAAUAUAAAAAUAAGUCAUGAUGUGCUGAUUUUAAAGGGAGAUGGAUCAGGAAGUGGAAUAUUUUAAAAUGCAGGGCUUGUCUACAUGGAGAUUUAGUGCAUGGCAAACUGGGGUAGUACACUGCACUAGCUUGCCAUGUGCUAACUGGCUGUGUCAUGAAAGUGCACUAAGGAACUUCUAGUGCAUGGGAGCAGGGUCCACAUGGCCAGCUAGUGCACUGUAGAUUUACACCCCCUCUUGUUGUGCACUAAGUCUCCAUGUAGACAAGCCCAAGUAGACUUUAAAACUGCAAGUUGACAGUGUCCUUUAACCUGGAUGCCUGUGGCUCACGGCCAUUGACUUCAGUGGGAGCACUGCAUAGGCAUAUGAGCGGUGCAUUUGAUCCUCUCUAGGGAAUGUGAAGUAGCAUCCACUCAUUCUGUGUUGUAAAGCUAAGAGUGAACUGUCCACUGGAAUGACAAUACUGAUAGUAGAGAGACAAGGUGGGUGAGGUAAUACCAUUUAUUGGACCAACUUCUGUUGGCGAAAGAGACACGCUUUUGAGCCUCACCGAGCUCUUCAGGUCUGGGAAAGGUACUCGGAGUGUCAGAGCUAUAUGCAAGGUGGAACAGUUCGUUUAGCAUCAGUAGUUAGCACAUCUUCCCAACGGCUACAACUACACUGCGUACGAUAUUGAUAUUGGGAGCUGGGGUGUUGUGGGUCAGGUGAGGGGGGUCUGGAAAUAAGUCAAGAAAGCAGAGCGUCCCAUAAACCCUCCUCCACCCCUCACUCCACGCCCUACAAUCCAUAUAUCUGAACAAAAUCAAUGGAAUUAGUAACAAAAUAAUGGUUCUGCCAGCUGAUGCUUUACUGUUAUGUGUUGGCUCCGUAACUUGCUCACCAGGAGUCUGAUGUAAAGGCCGUUGAAGUUGAUGGGAGUCUUCCCAUGGACUUCAGCAGGCUUUGGCUCAGACCGUAGGAGGCAUCCUCACCCCUGACAAAUGAGAUCCUGUCAUAUGUGACCGAACCACCAGCGUUCAUCCCUAAAUAGCUACUCACCAGCUGUGACACUUCAGCUGUGGGUAGUCUGUCCAAUACUACAUAAGAUGAAGUAAUUCUUAAAUUAACUCCAUAGUCCAUGGCAGUGUGUGUUUGAGUAGCUCUGGAACGUCUCACGUGAGGCUGUAAUGCACAAGAUGAAAGGUUGAGCCCCUUUAACAGCUGAAGGGGUGCACUCAUCCUUUGGGACAGUGGGUUUUGGUGUCUUAUUGCUAUUCUAAAAUGUCAUUUACACAUACACGUGGCCUAAGGAAAACCACUAGCCCCAUGUGCAUACUGGACAUGGCUAGGACCCGGAUAGUUGGUCAGGGAUCACUAAUUGUGUUUUAGUCUCCAAAGCUAUUUUCUUAUCAAUAGGAAAUGAUGCUUCUUUCCUUCCUUCUCUAACGUUGCAGCAUUAUGCAAGUCAAGUGACCUCGUUUUUCAGCUAUGCAAUAUUAACAUCUGUAACACAUGCCAAGCCACUUGUAAUAUCCCCUAAAAAUGCUUUUGAAGUUGUCUUACUGGAUGUGUGGUCUAAUGUUUGUAUUAAUUCUGAGCACCUGAGCCAGAUCGUUUCAAAUAUUGCCUUUUUUUAGGACUGAAAAAAUGUAGCUUUAGAGCUAACAAAUUUUAAUGUAAAUAUUUUUAUAAGAUAAUUUUUAAGAAUUUUUGGAUUACUUUUUAUUGUCGAUGACGUUAUGUUCCAUUCUGUAUUGAAUUCUUACACUCUAAUGCAGUUCUCGCCAGCCAUGGUGUGGGUGUGAAUUUGAACAUUUUCUGCACAAGAAAUUACAGUGUUGUAACUAAGGUGGGAUAAAGUCUCUUUGCUCUUGUGUUAAUUCUAACACAUUAAAAGGAUUCUGCUGGGUUCAACAUUAUGAAUUUAAAAUGAUUUCAUUACCUCAAUUGCUAAGAACAACAUAGUAGAUUAUUAGAUUUUUUUUAAAAAAAAAAUUUUAAACGUCGAUUUCAACGUUCUCCUUUUCUGCUCUGGAUUUAAUCUUUGCUGUUCACUCAGCUCAGACAAGGAAACCAGGCUGACUCUAGUCAGUUUCAUUUUCAGUCUCUCCCCUAUGAUCAGAAUGCUGCAAUUGGUUGGGCUGUCAUGUAGGGAGAUGUGUUUGAGCCCAAACCUAAUUAUGAAAGCAAACCAGAUAACUGCAGGAGGUUUUGCAAGGCCCUUUUUAUUCCUUUCCAAGCUGAGCAUUGAUCCCUUUGCAGGGUCAGGGCCUUAGGCCUGAUCUACACCUAAAACUUACGUUGACCUAGCUGUGUUGCUCAGGGGUGUGAAAAAUUCAUACCCCUGAGAAAUGUAGUUAAACCAUCCUAAGCCCUGAUGUGUACACCACCAAGUCAAUGGAAGAAUUCUUCUGUCAACUUAGCUACUUGCCUCUCAAGGGGGUGGAUUUACUACAGGGACGGAAAGCUUGUAGCUGUGCCCCUGUAAUGCUUGUAGUUUAAACGUACCCUUGGAUUCCCUAAGGGUGGCUCGUUGGGGCCCCAGUGUGUGAGGAACGUCUUUGAAUCUAGGUUGUAUACAGACAGACAAACAGCUUCUCCUGCAGACAAAUGCCUGUCAAGAUGUUUGCGCAGGACUGUACUUCUAAAACUUACGUGCAAGUGCAAAGUCACUUCCCACAUAACGGGUUGCCUCAAGUCUGUGGUUGUUUUUUAAAGUGAGUUUUGAAUCAGCGCCACAUUUUCCAUUUGGGACCAAUAGGUAAUUUGGGGUGAUCAAAGCCAAUUUUCUGUUUAUCUAGAUCCUUUUUCUAUCUGGAUUUGUAAAGCUCUGUAAUUACCAUAAAGACACUUGGCAACAUUGCGUGGCAACGCAACGAAAGCUGACUACUGUUCUCUUGUUUGUGCUAUUUGAAGACCGAGGGAAACCAUUCAGCAAUCUGUGGUGCCUUCUGAUCAAACAGUAGCAAUGCCUCAAGAGCGCUCUCCAUUUUGUGGUUUUAAACUUUGGGGGGGAUUCGUAUCCAAUGUCAGGGCAGUUACACCAUUGAUUUUAACAAAAUGGGAUGGGCACAUAAAUAAUGUCCGUGUUAGAAUAAUCUGUUGCUCCAAACUACAGUGCUUGGGAAUAUAUUAUGUAUUAUAGUGUGGAAGUAAGCUAAAUGAAUUCAUUAAUCUUUUCUGUUCUUAUCUUUGGUUAUGAGAUUAUAAAUUAUUUCAUGUUCCUCUACAGUGGCAAAAAGGAAACGUUAAGGUUUAAUUUGUAUGUUUUAGGUGUAAAAUAAUUUUAAAAUAAUGGAAGAGCGUGAAAGAGUUUACCUGGACGCAGAGUUUUGUUUUUGUAAAACAGACUGUUGGGAUAACGGCUGAUGCUACGACACAGUCAAUUGGUUGACUCCUUAAACCUGUCAUUUUUUUGCAUACAAUCAUGGACUAUCAGCAUUGGAAGGGACCUCAGGAGGUCAUCUAGUCCAACCCCAGCCCUCACAACCCUGGGUUUAGCAGGCCAAUGCUCAAACCACUGAGCUAUCCCUCCUGCCGUGUCAAGGACCAAAUCUCUUGUGAAGUGAUUCACUUGACAUAUGUCUUGUCCAGUUUGGCAAACAACUCAAGAAAUGGUUUUCAUAGAAAUACUUCCAGCUUUAACAGGAAAAUACAUUAUAGUUUCCAAUACGCUUGCUUUAAUUUGAAUAAAAAUUGACUAAUGAAAUUUC